UAGAAAAAGUUAGUGUCCCCUCUAUCAGGGUUCCAUCUCCACGAGCCUCUAGCAUGCUUUCAAAGGGUUCUCACUUUUCACGUGUGACGGCGGAGGUCUCGCCUCUCGUUCGAUGAACUUUCCACCCGAGGCUGCGCCCGCGCGCCCCAUCAGUCCCAUCACCAGUCUCCACACAAACGCCGUCUUGAGUGCACGUCUGUCGCCAAUGAAUUCGGUUUUUCGCGGUUUUCCAAUAAUCCAAACGCAGUGAGUGCCUGAAGCUAUUCAGUGAAGUGAAAUCUGCUGUACCGUGUUGUUUAUUGAUAGAUGUCCAAGAUUGUUGUUGGAUAACGUAUGUGCGGAUUCGACGGGAGCUUAAUGCGAUCAACGCACACUGAUGUUUGACACCCACAUGGUGCGAGGAUGCGUGAGGAGGAGCUGGAGGUGGCGCUGAAGGUGGUGAUCGUAGGCGAUGGAGGCGUCGGCAAGUCCAGCAUGAUCCAGCGGUACUGCCGCGGGACCUUCACCAGGGAUUAUAAGAAGACGAUUGGUGUAGACUUUUUAGAGCGGCAAAUUGAGAUCGAUGGCGAGGAGGUGCGGCUCAUGUUAUGGGACACGGCGGGGCAGGAGGAGUUCGACGCCAUCACCAAGGCGUACUACCGCGGCGCGCACGCAUGCGUGCUCGCUUUCUCUACCACAGACCGGGACUCAUUCCUGGCAUUGCACUCGUGGAAACUCAAGGUGGAGAAUGAAUGUGGAGAAAUCCCAACCAUCAUAGUUCAAAAUAAAAUAGAUCUAAUGGACCAGUGCGUCGUCGGACCGGACGAGGCAGAGCUAGUGGCACGUGCGCUUGGCUGCCGGCUGAUGCGUGCUUCAGUGAAAGAAGACGUGAACGUCGGCUCCGUGUUCCGCGCGCUGGCGGCGCGCUGCCUGGCCGACCAGCGGCGCGAAGACGAGGACGUGCCGCCCUGCUCCGUCACCACGCCCGUCAUAGGCAACUUCACGAACCUGAGCAGCAACGGCACAAUACUUCUGCGGCCGGUGAAAGCGCGGCCCGGCGGCAAGAAGAAGAACGUGCUGAGGAACGCUUGCCGGAUACUCUGACUUGACCAACAUAGCCGUGCAUAGCCAUGGAAGCCGCGGACUCGACGCCAGCGGGGCGACCAGCUGGCGUUCAAAUACAUUCAUACAUUUGGCCUUGAAUUGCCGCUCGUCCCCCGCCACGCGUUUACAACCAGGCUUCAGCCUGAGAAAGGAGAGCCAUCUUGGAUUUUUACACGUUGCAUUCUGCGUUUGAACUUUGAACGUGCCAGUGACCGCUGCCAGAGGUCUUAACUCUGCACUCUAAGUGAGUGACUAGGCGAAUAGCUUAGAGCAAAUAGCGACGAACUGAUUUAAGUAUCUACAUUCACACAUUAGCGUUGGUUACUGCAGAGCUGUAAAGUUAAAGAAUGAUAUACCUUAGCAAGGAGUUUCACUGAUGACGGAGCACCCGCGCCAUAUAUUAUUGUUAUAGAGUUAGACCAAGAUAAGUCCGCAACGAUUAUGAUAGCACACGCAGUGCAAGUUAGACGUUUAAAAUACCAGCGGAAGAUCAGCGCUGGAAGCCACCAGCAACAUGCUAAGAUGAACAGAAGAUGGGGCCAUUUCGUGGCACUUUAAUCUUAUUUUGUGUUUUCUUUUAUAUAAUGUAUUGUAACGAUUGUUUGUGCUUACGAAUAAAUCAAUUCUAUUCUAUUAAAAUAACACUUGCACUGCGUGUGUGCUAUCAAAAUUGUUGCAGUCUUAUCUUGGUAUAACUCUAGUGCUCUAAUUGUCCUUUGGCAACGCCAGCCAGUAAACUGCAAAUGUGUCGAUUUUGACUCUAGCGAUUUAGGGAUCAAAUGUAGCCGGCGUAGCAAAAUCCUUGUAUGGUUUUACUCUUAAGUGUACCUAUAUGUACAAACAGCAACACACCUAACUGUACAUCGGUGGACCUUAUUACAAAAGAUGAUGGUACUCUCUGCUCUUAUAUACUUAAAAAAUAAAGUUUCCAUCAUAUAUAGAGGUCGAAUACCUUGAUUUAUACACUGGACUUAGACAGACCUAGUUUUGUGAAGCUACAAGUUAUAAUUUUACAGGUGUAAACCGCGCUUGACCUUUUGACCAGUGUUGCUUGUUUUAAAUAAUAAAAUUAUAGCUUUAUAUGAAAUGGGAUCUAGUUAUGUUCGUUAACAAACAUAUAAUUAUAAUUUAGACGUAGGUUAGUUGUACGCGUGUACAUAUGUGUAGUAAUUGUGUAAAAAUAUUUGCGAUGUGCAAUGAAUACCUAAUGUUAGUUUAGAUACCAACAAAAUUAUAAGAUAUCUAUAGGUGUAUUAUUGAAUCUGCUAUAAAAUGAAAUGAGAUUUUCUAUAAUAUCCUUGUUACCAUUGUAAACUUGUAGCGAAAAGGUACAGAGUCGUUUCAGUAAUACAUUUAUAAGAUAAUACUAAUUUACUCUUGAAACUUAGUCACUAUUGUUCAUAUUGAUAGAUCCAUGACAUUGAAUCAUGUAAAUAAAUCAUAUUGUAAAAAAAUGUGGAAAUAAAUUAUUUUUUGUAA